AUGGCGUGGAAUUGUUUUUCCGUCAUCGCCUUCAUCGCCAUUGUCGGCUGUAUUUUCUCUGUGCGCUCUAAAGCGGAAAUAAACAUUUACCCUGAAACCGACAAAGCUUGGAUCCGGGAAUCACGACCUUUGAACCUCACGUGCAUAUUCACCGGACAUCAUAUCAGAGAUGUCACGUGGCAAAUCAACGGAAGUGAAAUUAGAAAUGAGCUUGGUGCGCAAGUCACAAAACAGAGGACAUGGACCUAUGAGACAUCUUAUCUAACUGUGACGUAUUACAAGAGGGAUGCCGAGUUUACAGACACCGGAAACUACUCCUGUCAUGCGGGGCAACUCAGCAAGUCAAUAGAGGUGAAGGUCACAAAAGGUCGAUUACGGAUACGACCUGAUGUCGACAAAGUAAUCAUCAUGGCAUCCAAACCGAUCACUCUUGUUUGUGAGUUUGAGGGUAAAGACUUACUUCCGGUCACGUGGUAUAAAAAUGGCAUGCCGGCAUUUGGUUUCAUGACACGUGGUUAUGUCGUAAAACCAACAACAUCUGCAAAGAAGGUAGCAGUUUCCUCGGAAAUAAGUGAGCAGUUUGCUAAAAGGGAAAAUUCGGGAAAAUAUACGUGUAUCGCUGGACCUUUCAUUAAAACUCUCAUCCUCGAAAUAUCGGAAGAACCUUGCCAGGUGGCGCUGGUGAAAUCACUCCCUGGCGUCAGCAUCACCGCGUCAUCAUACUACGAAGAUACGCUUUAUUCGGACGCGCCCUCUAGAGGCAAACUAGAUACAAUCAAGGAAGGGGACAUAACCGAGGCUAAGACCGGAAGAAGAAAAAUUCUAGGAGGUUCUUGGCAGGCAUCUAUAACCGAUAAACGGCAAUGGAUACAGUUGGAGUUUCCACAGCUGGCCAUAGUGACACAGAUAACGACACAGGGGAGGUCAUCCACGGACUGUUGUACACAGCGACAGUGGGUCACCCAGUACAAAGUUCUCUUCAGCAAAGAUGGCCAACACUGGAACAAGUACCGAGAGAUCAAAUCAGGCGAAACAAAAGUAUUUGAAGGAAACCAUGACCACGACACCAAGCGAAAGCACGAACUUCCGGUUCCGGUUGUUGCGCGAUUCUUGCGAAUCAAUCCUGUAUCCUGGAGCGAGAAGAUAUCUCUCCGAGCCGAGGCGUUUGGAUGUACUGUACCUUCGACAUUGAAAAUGAUUUAUCCUCUGAAGCCGCUGAACUACUAUCGAACAGAGGAAAGUUUUCAAAUCACCUGUGCGUUUGACGGGCCCGAGCCUCCGAUGUUUCGCUGGAUUAAAAACGAGCGUGACCUUCACCUUGAUUCAACAUUCAUGAAGGUCAUCGAUACGUCAUAUAAUCAUGACGGAGUCACAACACGAGAGACUCUCAUUAAAAGUCAGAUGACGUUUAAGGAUUCUGGGAUAUACACAUGUAGGGACGAAACUUCAAAACUCCAACAAACCGUGGAAAUGUAUACAGCGGAACUAGAUAUCAAACCGGAAGUAGAUAUAAUGUGGGUCACAGCGGGACAGCCAAUCAACAUACAGUGUUCAUACCGGGGAUCGGAGAGAAAACAGAUCGAUUGGCUUAUAAACGACCAAUCAAACGCGAGUACAUUUUCUUCAGAUUUGAAAUACGACACGUUUGAUGAUUCCUACGCUGUUAGGACUAAUAUUUCCAAAAUAGCCGCCAGAAUUGAGCCUUUUGAUAUCUCCUGUACAGUGGCAACUCUGAAGAAAACAAUUUCCAUUCGAGUCAUUGCAGAAAAAAUUGAAAGCAUCGUUUUGAAAGAAGGGGAGACAACCACAUUGGAUUGUUCAGACAUCGGCCGUAUAGAUGACGUCAGGAAUGACGUAUUUUGGACCAAGGAGCACGUGCCCCUGGAGAGAGUGACGGGUAUCGUGGGGAGAUACCAGUAUGAUUCUGAAACAAGGCGAUUGACAAUAUCCGAUUCAAAACUCUCCGAUGCUGGGAGGUACGAAUGCAAUGUCCUGUUAGAAGUUGGAACGUCACAUCAAAGACAGAUAUCUAUACCGGCGGCCGUUAAUGUGGCACCUGCUAUAACAUUGGAGGGACAGUCUAGCGUUUUGGUCGGAAGUACACUCCACAUCUUCUGCCACAUAACCGGAUAUCCGGUUCCUAACAUCACGUGGUAUGGAAAUGGUGAACCAAUCAGAGCGGAGCCCCAUAAAUAUGUCUUUCUUCCUCACGAAGGGUCUGACAACGGCCAUCUUGAAAUACAUGACGUCACAGUGAAGGACACUGGGAAGUACGAGUGUACUGGAGAGGGAGGGGUAUUUCCGGUUGUAAAGAAAAGCAUGGAUGUCCAGAUGACAGAGACCGGUGAGGGUCGUACUGUCCUCAUCCUCGGGGUUCUUGGCAGUUUCUUGACAAUUGUCAUCGUCAUCUGUUGUUCGGCUGGUAUCGUCAGAGUACGUCGACGAAGAAAACAACGAAAAGAGACUUUGAAAGCACUAGAAAAGAUGUCACCGUCACAUGACUUUGCGAAACAAUACGUACAGCUCCACACCAUCGACAGGACAAGAACAGUAGAAAGAGAAGAUGAGCAAUCCAGGUUCAUAUCGAGGCCGUUUGACCUGAGCACUACUGACGAAAGGAUUAAUCAAGCACGGUCGCUACCGGAACUACCAGAGGUCGCUUCACUUCCUCCACCGGAAGCGCCAUUGGAUGACGACACUGGUUCAGAAACUUAUGAAAAGUAUGAACGUCCUAUGCAUGCUCAUACGUUUCCUACACAACCGUGCCGUUCUUACCGGAAGUGA